UUUGGUUGUGUGGAUGUGUGCACAUUGCCUUGACCUUCAGACUGAAAGGGAACCUAUGGAGCUAUCGAAGAUGAAGUCGCACAUUUCAGUAAUCCACCAGCUUGAACAUCCGGAAGAAAAUAAAGAUUACUACAAAGAUUAUGAAGCUCCUCAAGGCUAUAGAACCACCAAGUUGCCUCAGCGUUCCACGAUCAAGCUGGCCAUAAAGAAGCCAGAAACUGAACCUGGUUCAGAUUCGGGACACGAUGAAUAUCCAAUGGAUGACUUUGACGAGUCAUAUCUUUAUUAGUGGUAGAAGUGAUCGUCAUGACGCAAACCAAGUUAUGUUAUCCUCAUAUCAUCCUGACUUGCCACCAUUGUCUUGGUUGCAUUUGAAUAAAUUGACUCUUUGUACAACAGUAUAUUUGGUACUAUGCUCUCAUCCGGGACUAUGCUAUUGAAGAACGUGUGUUCUAUGGAUAUUAUUGGUAGCGUAUAACUAAAUUCAUAAUCAUAAUCAUUGCACUUUCCUGGUUAC